CUAAAACCCUAGUUCCUUCUUCCGUUGAGAGAGAAAGAUGCCUACACCAACUAGCUUGAGUAUGAGCAAGAUGAUCUUCACCAUGACUAUGGGCCACGCAAUGCCUCCCGUGUCCACCACAUCAUACGCUGAGGCUAAGACAGGAGUCUUCUGGGACACAGAGGAGUGUCCUAUCCCAGAAGAUCUCGACCCUGAAACCGUUUGUCAGAACAUCAGAUCAGCACUAGCGAACAGUGGUUACCACGGCGAGGUGACAAUCAAGGCGUUUGGCGACAGGAACCAGAUCCCUGGUUACUUCGAAUCUGCCGGAAUCGAAAUGUUUCCCAAAGGAGAUAAGUAUGAUAGGAUUGGUCAAAUGCAGUUAGAGUUUUUCGGGUGGAUGAGGGAUAAUGAGUGUGAAUACACGAACAUGAUGGUGGUGUCACGAUCCGCUAUGGAGGUGGCUGAUUAUCUCGAGUAUGAAAAUACGCAUCACAACAUUCUCUUCGCGGAGCCUCUGCACGCACUAAGGAAGGCUUGCGGAUGCAAACACGGAGCUAAGUCCAAAGAUCCGAGCACUGAGACAUGGGUCUGGGAAACCUUAGCUGUUGGAGGAGACCCCAUCGCCAAAACAGAUGAAAAAGAAGAUCUUGUUUGCAAGAUGGAGGGUAAUGAAUGAGAUUUUAGGCUUCUGUUUGUGCAUGAGAAGUGGGAUGUUCUUUAAGUAGUUGCAUAUUAAUAAGUAGUUAAAUGUUUCUAAGUGGCUACAUUGUUAAUGUUUAUAUCUUGCUACAUGUUGCGCUUAGUAGUUAAUGUUUAUAACUUGCUACCUAUUGCUUACUAUUUAAUGUUUAUAAGUUGCGACAUACUUGCUUAGU